CAUGUAAUAAAACAUUGUUUGUGUUGUAAUCCCAAUUUUGUUGUAAAUUAUAAAACCUCAACCUCAACUCCUCAAGAACCAUUAUCGUAUAUGUUGGUGUAACUGUACGAGAGUUUGAUUAAAUUGAAUUGGUGUGAUCUGAAGUGAAGAGUGAAGUCCAAGCAAGAGAGAGAGAGAGAGAGAGAGAGAGAGAUAGCGAUGGCGAUGGCGAGAUUAAGCUCUGGUCUGCAAUACCCAGAGCGCUUCUACGCCGCAGCCUCAUACGUUGGAUUCGACGGAUCCACUUCUCCGACCAAAUCCCUCACCUCAAAGUUUCCGAAAUCCACCGCUCUUCUUCUCUAUAGCUUGUAUCAACAGGCUAGCAUAGGACGUUGUAACAUCCCAGAACCCAGUUCAUGGAAGAUUGUGGAGCAUAGCAAAUGGGCCAGCUGGAACCAGCUUGGAAACAUGUCUUCCACCGAAGCCAUGCGUCUGUUUGUGAAAAUAUUGGAGGAAGAAGAUCCUGGUUGGUAUUCUAGAGCAUCUAACUCCAUUGUAGACCCUGUUAUUGAUGUGCAAAUGAAUCACAAUUCCAAAGUUGAACCAGCAAUCGAGAAUGGGAACUCUUAUCCAGAGAUAAAGACUAUUUCAACUGAAAACGGAAGUCAAGUUGGAACCCAGGAUAAAGAUGUUGUCACUGAAGGCUUUGGUUCUAUUGGGGUUUAUGAUCAAUGGAUUGCACCUCCAGUAUCUGGUCCAUCUCCAAAAGCCAGAUAUGAGCAUGGAGCUGCGGUCGUGCUAGAUAAAAUGUACAUAUAUGGUGGAAACCACAAUGGUCGAUACCUUAAUGAUCUUCAUGUUCUAGAUUUGAGAACUUGGACUUGGUUGAAGAUUGAUGCUAAGGUUGUAGUUGAGCCUACUGACUCGUCAUCCUCAGUAACGUUAUCCCCUUGUGCUGGCCAUUCUCUGAUUCCAUGGGAAAAUAAACUCCUGUCAAUUGCUGGGCAUACAAAAGAUCCUGGCGAAAGUAUCCAAGUGAAAGUGUUUGACCUGCAAAAGGAAACUUGGUCAACUCUAAAGACUUAUGGGAAACCCCCGGUAUCACGUGGAGGCCAAUCAGUUACCUUAGUUGGGACAAGCUUAGUAAUUUUUGGAGGACAAGAUGCUAAGAGAACUCUGUUGAAUGAUCUGCAUAUUCUAGACUUGGAAACCAUGACAUGGGAUGAAAUUGAUGCUGUUGGGGUACCUCCUUCUCCAAGGUCUGAUCAUGCUGCUGCUGUGCAUGUGGAGCGAUACUUACUUAUCUUUGGUGGGGGUUCUCAUGCAAUUUGUUAUAAUGAUUUACACGUUCUCGAUUUGCAAACUAUGGAAUGGUCUCGCCCAACACAACUGGGUGAAAUACCAACCCCACGUGCUGGACAUGCUGGUAUGACAGUAGGGGAGAAUUGGUUCAUUGUCGGUGGGGGUGACAAUAAGAGUGGGGUCUCGGAGACUGUUGUGUUGAAUAUGUCUACACUGACUUGGUCGCGGGUAACUUCUGUUCAAGGGCGUGUUCCUGUUGCUAGUGAGGGCUUGAGUUUGGUUGUAAGCUCAUAUGAUGGUGAAGACGUACUUGUAUCAUUUGGAGGAUACAAUGGACGUUACAACAAUGAGGUCUAUGUCCUUAAACCAAGCCACAAAUCAACCUUGCAAUCAAAAAUAAUUGAAAAUCCCAUACCAGACAGUGUUGCUGCUGUGCACAAUACCACAAAUGCUACCCGAGAUGUGGAGUCUGAAUUUGAAGCAGGCCAUCAAGGGAAAAUUAGGGAACUUGGUGUGGACAAUGUUGGUUCAACAUUAAAAUUGAAAGGUGAUCUUUUAACAGUCCUGAAAGCUGAGAAAGAUGAAUUGGAAUUAUCACUCAGCAAGGAGAAGUUGCGUACUCUUCAACUAAAGCAAGAGCUGGGAGAAGCUGAAAAUCGUAACUCUGACCUUUGCAAGGAGCUCCAAUCAGUACGUGGUCAGCUUGCUGCUGAGCAGUCGAGGUGUUUCAAACUUGAGGUGGAGGUUGCUGAAUUAGGACAGAAGCUCCAAACAAUUGGGACACUACAGAAGGAACUUGAACUCCUCCAGCGGCAAAAAGCUGCAUCUGAGCAGGCUGUCUUAAAUGCAAAACAUAGGCAAGGUUCAGGUGUAUGGGGUUGGCUUGCUGGUAGUCCCCCUAGCCAGAAUGCAGAUGAUGGGUGAAACUUUAACUAAAAAGGAUAACAGUGCUUAGUUUGGUUUUCAUUGUUAGCCAAUUUUAUAUCCAAUACAUUUUUUGUUUUUUUUGUAUUGUUUUGAUUCAGUUCUUUUUAUAGUGAAGGAAAUAAGAUUUAGCAGCAUUUUGACCAAUGGAAAACCCCGGGCCUCUUGCAGUAAUGCAUAUUGCAUAUAUACUGUAAUUUUAGUUGCAUAGCCUUCAUAUGGAUGUUAGUCCGGGACACUGCAUGUUAUCCUUCCCACCAUUUUUGCUGAUUUGUAUUCAUUUUAAAGUGAAUCCGUGAUUGAA